CCACAACGUGUGGCUAAUCCAGUCUCCCGAGAGACUCUCUCGAGCUACACUACUUCCGUUAAGCUUACGGGUGCUUAACAAACCGUUACAACCUGAGAACUCGAGUCCCACGAGCCUCAACAACACUUGCUCGGAGAUACCGCACUCCAAGACUUCAACCCGAAGGAAAAUACCUUUCCUUCGUACAACCAAGGGAAACAAGCUUCCCUUAACGUGUAUACAACACUAAGACACUCAAGAACAAGACUCUCCUUAAGAGUGGAUAUGAGAGUUUUUUUUAUGAAUUAAGCCUAGAGAGCCAAGAUUUGGAAUUUUGUGCCGGUCUUGAUCACAUUAAGACCGACUCAAUACAAUUCUAGUUCUUCGUUCUUGAUUCUGGGUUCUUGGUUCUCAAGUCAUCAUGCCAUGUUCCUUCGCCUUAGUUUUGCUCACUUUAGCUUCGAUAUGUCGCGGCGGUUUGGCAUUAUCAAAACCUGUCAUAAACGAACACAGUUUAAAAACCCCCAACGGAGAAAAUAGAAACCAGCGGAACUGCAGGAGAAGGAGAGAGCGACAGAAAGCUUCCAAGUGUGUCUUUUGCGACGCCAUUGACAAGCCAAAGCGAGCUUUAGGAAUGGAGAAGCAGAGCCGGGGCAGAAACUUAACUCCAAAACUUUGUUUAUCACAGACCAACGGAGACGACGCCUCCAGCCUCGUCGGCGGCAUAGUCGAAAAGGGCUUUUCGGAUCAACUUCACAGCAAAGGGCCGCCGGGUUUCUCCAUUGCUCCUCCUCGCCCUGCCGUUCGCCCUUUCCCAAUAGCUCGCCAUCGCUCUCACGGUCCGCAUUGGAAGCCAAAGGUUGAGGAUGUUAAUGAUGGUGGUGAAGAAGUGGAGAAUGAAAUGGAAGAGGACGAUCUCAAAGGAUUAGACAAAGUUGGGGCUUUUGCCAAACCAGUGAAAAGGAAAGACAAAAAAGGUUUGGACUUUAGUAGCUGGCGAGAGGCAGCAGAUGGUAGAAGUAGUUCUAGGAUGCACAAAAGGGAAGAAGACGAUGAUCAUUAUAUCAGUUCAAUAGAGAGACAGAAUUUCACAGUUCAGUUUGAAAGUGCAGGCAAUUUAAAUGGUGGAUUGAAAUCACAGGAUCUGACCAUGCCGGACAAGGAAUCUCAAGAACAAGAACAAUCUGUUUCGGAUAUGGCCAUUGAUGAUCAAGAGGGUCACAUGGAUGUCCUACCCAAUGGGUUGAAUACAUUGAGUCAAGAUAUUCAAGUUGAUGAUGGGGACGACUUAAUGAGUCUUGAGGGCCAAAUCGAUGUUGAAAAUCGUGCACGAUUAGCGGGAAUGUCUGCUGAUGAGAUUUUAGAAGCGCGGGCUGAGAUUUUGGCAAAACUUAGUCCUUCUGGAAUAGAAGCACUAAGAAGGCGUGGACUAAACAAGUUGAAAAGACAAAAUAUUCCAAGCCUGGGUACACAUUCCAUUCGUAAAAAGGAUAAUAAUCAGAAUGAGAAAAGCAUGAUGAAUACUGCUGUUUCUUCUGCUACUGUCAAUUCCAAUCCAGGGAGCAAUCCAAUACCGAAAGAAAAAGAUUCAAAAUUAGGUGGUAACAUUCCAAAUUCAUUGCCAGCAAAAACUGGCUUGUGGGAUGCUUGGAGCAAAAGAGUUGAGAGGGUCAGAGAGUUGAGGUUUUCCAUGGAUGGAAAUAUUGUAGGAAAUGAUGCCAAGGUGACAGAUAAGAUUGAUACAGUGCCAUCUUCUAGUGAUUAUAGUCCCGAUAAUGUAGCAGAGCGUGAUUUUCUUCGAACUGAAGGUGAUCCUGGUGCUGCUGGCUACACUAUUAAAGAGGCUGUGGCUCUCACAAGGAGUGUGAUUCCUGGGCAACGGGCACUUGCAUUACGUCUUAUUGCAUCUGUUAUUAAUAAGGCCAUUAAUGGAAUUUUUCAAAAUCAACUUGGGCAUACCUUAAAUUACAUAGUCACUGAUGGCUCAGUUGACUGGGAGGCUAUUUGGGCUUUUGCACUAGGCCCGGAACCUGAACUCGCAUUGUCACUAAGGAUAUGUCUUGAUGACAAUCACAAAUCUGUAGUUUUGGCCUGUGCAAAAGUAAUUCAGAGCAUGCUGACUUAUGAAAUUAAUGAAAGCUUCUUUGAUAUUGCAGAGAGGAUACCCAAUUACCAGGCAGAUAUUCCCACAGCUCCAGUCUUUAGAAGUCGACCAGAGAUUGAUGGUGGCUUUCUUCAUGGUGGUUUCUGGAAGUACAGCACUAAACCUUCUAAUAUUCUUACUAGUGCCCAGAAUUCAUUUGACAACAAACCCGAAGAUGAGCAUUCUAUCCAGGACGACGUUAUGAUUGCGGGACAAGAUAUAGCUGCCGGGCUGGUUAGAAUGGGAAUCCUUCAAAGGAUCUGCUAUCUACUAGAGAUGGAUCCUUCAGCGCCACUGGAAGAAUGCUCAAUGUCUAUCCUUAUUGCAAUUGCAAGGCAUUCACCAACUUGUGCAAAUGCAAUCAUGAAUUGUAAAAGCCUGGUGCAAGUAAUUGUCAACAGAUUCGUUGAGAUUGUUCCAAUGGAAAUCAACCCUUCCAAGAUAAAAUCAGUCACUCUCUUACAAAUCUUGGCCCGGUUCAGUAAGAAAAAUUGUUCAGAAUUUGUAAAAAAUGGGAUUUUCCUGAAGAUGACAUUGCACUUGUACUGUAACUCAUCAUCUCUUGACCAAUGGAUAGAACGUGGAACAGAAGCCUGCAAAUUUUCGUCAGCUCUUCUGGUCGAACAAUUACGCUUCUGGAAGGUCUGCAUUCACUAUGGAUAUUGUGUAUCUCACUUUUCAAACCUAUUUCCCGCCCUUUGCAUUUGGUUAACCUUUCCUUCUUUUGAGAAACUGAUUGAGCAAAAUGUGGUCAAUGAGUAUGUGAUGGUUGCGAAGGAAGCAUUCCUUGUUUUGGGGUCUUUAAGUAAAAGACUUCCCAAUUUCUAUUCGCACCAGAUGGAUGCUAUAAUGGAAGAUGACGACACCGAGAAUUGGUCUUGGAGUAACGUGGGGCCCCUGAUCGAUUCUUCACUGGAGUGGAUUGUUAUAAAGAACAUUCCAUAUAUAUCCAGUCUGCUUCAAUGUCAAAAUGAUGAAAAAGAAUAUGAUGUCAUUAAUUCCCUAAUGUGGCUCGUUUCGUCAGUUUUGCACAUGCUCUCUGGGGUUCUCGAAGCUGUUAUCCCACCUGAGGAUAGCACGAUCCUGGUUAAUGAGUGUCUCCCAUGGCUGCCUGAGUUUGUCCCUAAGAUUGGAUCUGAGAUUAUAAAAAAUGGAUUUUUUAGCUUUUCAGGAGUAACAGAUGGUACCUACAAGGUCACUCGCUCCUUUAUUGAGUGUAUGUGUCUUCUGAGACUUAACGCUGGGCUUGAAACAUCAAUUGCUUCCACUUGUUGUCUUCAAGGAGUGAUCCGGGCUGUUACCUUUGUUGAUAGAUUGAUCUCUCUACCUAAAUGCAAGAUUCUCAAUGCACCAUCAAUUUGCGUAAAAACCUUAUCACCAGAGGAUAGAGUUCUCAGUGAUGGGAUACUGCAGUCAUGUCUGUCUGAUUUAGGGCAUCUGAUGAUGAACUUGGUAGAGUCAAUUGAGCACAAGUGGCGACCCAUUCAUUUGGUUGAGACUUUUGGUAGAGGUGGGCCCGCUCCUGGGAUUGGUGUCGGUUGGGGUGCAUCUGGGGGUGGGUUUUGGUCAAAGCUUGUUUUGUCAGCUGAGGUAGAUGGAUUGCUGAUUGCUCACCUUCUUGAUAUACUUCCGAUAGUCUCUUUGGAAAAUCAGUUAUCAACCCUUAAUAAAGAAAUUAUGUGUUCUGUGAUACAAAGGAUUAAUUCUACAAUCGCAACUUGUUUGGUUGUGGGGCCAAAGGGUCAGUACGUCAUACAUAAGCUGUUUGGUAUCUUGUUCCAAGCUCCUGUUCUGAAGUCCCUUGAUUUCAUUACUCGCCAAUUGAUUGAUCUUAACAAGUGUCUUAAACCUUUUGAGCGGGAGUACAGCGAAGAAGAAUAUCUGCUGUUCAGUAACGUUUUAGCAUCUCACUUCAGAAACAGAUGGUUGGGCUCAAAAAAGAAACCUAAACCUGAAAUUAGCAGAAGCUCAUUAGAGACCAUUCUGGAGGAAACAGACGCGUCAAGUCUGGUCACACCAGGCCCAGCCUCUUUAGCAGUUGAGUGGGCCCGCCAGAGAUUGCCUCUUCCCUUGCAUUGGUUCCUCAGUUCACUGUCAACUAUACCUUGCAGCAAAAACAGUUCUGACACUGCAGGGUUUCUUGAAGUGGCAAAGGGAGGUCUUUUCUUUCUUUUUGGUAUUGAAGCAGCAUCUAAUUUUUUUGGAGCCGGUUCUUCGGAAUCACUGUCUGGCAUUCCAGGUGGACCCUUACUGUACGUGCCCAUCAUUUGGAAACUCCAUGCCCUUUCAAUUCUGUUACUCACAGGAACAGGCAUUCUUGAGGAUGGAAAUAGUCGGGUCGCCUAUGAAAAUUUGCAGGGUAUUUACGGGCAACUUCUUGAUGCACAAGGGAGAACUGAAGUGAAGUACCUUAAUUUUCAAUCAGAGAUCCACGACGGCUACUCAACUUUCAUUGAGACUCUGGUGGAGCAGUUUGCGGCCGUUUCAUAUGGCGAUCUGAUAUUUGGGCGCCAAGUGGCAUUUUACUUGCAUCGGUCUGUAGAAGCUCCUGUUCGGCUCGCAACAUGGAGAGCACUGUGUAGCGCUUUUGCUCUUGAGCUUCUGCCUCCUUUGGAUAAAUGCAUAUCCGCUGAUGGCUAUCUUGAACCUGUUGAGGAUGAUGAGAGGAUCUUGGAGGUAUACAUUAAAUCUUGGGUUUCUGGUUCCCUAGACAGAGCUUCAACUCGCUCAUCUGCAUCGUUCACAAUUGCCCUGCAUCACCUUUCGACUACCAUUUUCAAGACUUGUACUCAUCACACCCUGCCGUUACGAAACAAGCUUGCCAGAUCGCUCCUCCGUGACUACUCUCGUAACCAGCAACACGAGGGCAUGAUGAUUAGCUUAGUUCAGUACGAGAAACCCGAGGCGUGCUUGAGACCCGAAACGGAUGGUGAAUAUCUCUCUCGACGAAAAUGCGAAACCGAAAACAGAUUAGAGAAGUUGAGGGAGGCAUGUGAAGGGAACUCGUCGAUGUUAAGAGUGGUGGAGAAGUUGGGUUCUGCAAUCGCAAAGAAACACUCCUGGUGAAAGAAAGCUCAAAAACACCAUUUUUGGGAUGACUUGUAUAGUUUUUCCCCCCUAAAUACAUACUACCAGGAAUUAGGCUAUGUUCUCUUUAACUUAUUCUUAUUACUUGUUUCUUUUUUAAUAGAAUCAGUUCAGAAAC